AUGUCCGCACUGCAGACCGCCUAUCUUUCAUCUUGCCUCAUUCCCAUCACCGCAUGUGAGUUCCUCUCCUCUUCCGCUAUGUUGCGACCGGCUGACCAGCAUUGCAGAGCCUCGGUGAAGUCAGCCUCGGCGAUGAUGGCGCAUGACUUUGCUGUAGACGACACCAUGGACCACAGAUGUGUUUGGGAGGAGAUGUACAUCUCAGUUGCGGCAGAGGCAGCAGCGGGGCUGGUGUCACUUCAUGUCGACGACGAAUCCGAUGCCCGACAUUGUCUGUCUUCGUCGGCCGAUCCCGAGCAGAAGUUGACGGGGGUGUUGACAGAUUGA